AGGUUGAGCUACUCACAUAAGCAGCAGGCAACAACAGAAGUGAAGGUUGUUUAUCCUGUGCAGAAAUCGCUGGGUCAUUCUUUUUGUUUAGAAUUUUUGGGGUUUUGAGCGUGAUUUCCUCUUUUACUUUGAAUCGUCUGAUGGAAAGGGUAUCCUGCUAGGGGCCAGCUCGCGCCAUGUCCUUCGUUAUCCUGCGCUCUACAGUCAGAUAACACAUCGUUUUCAACAGUAAAGAGGACACACGCAAGCAGCCUCCUCUCCUGAUGGCCUUUUUCCGGCAGCUGAAGCUUCUCCUCUGGAAGAAUUGGCUCGCAGUCAUCAGACAGCCACUAUGGUCCCUGACUCUGGUCGCCUGGCCUCUGAUCAUCUUCAUCAUCAUUGCUGUGACACGCAACCAGUUCCCUCCAGUUCAAAAAGAUAUAUGUUAUGUGGGACCCAGAAACCUUCCCAGCACAGGCUUCUUCCCUUUCCUGCAGACCCUCAUGUGCAACACCGACAGCAACUGUCACAACAAAUCCCGCCUGGUGGACCCAGCUGCAUCAAAGUCAACUUCAAGGUCGAAGAAACAGAAGAGUUCUCCGCUGUCAAAACUGGUUAACGGGGAUGAAUUAUUGAACUUCCUUCUUCCCAAGGGCGUUGGCAGUGAUCCUGCAGCACUGUUUGAGGUGUUAAACAACUUUUUUGGUUCAUCUCACCAAGGAAGCUCUAAUAAUGCCUCUUUCAUGAACACCAUGAAUAACACACUUCCUCCUGAUCAGGAGAGCUUGAACCAAAUGCUGGAGUCAGUGAACCUGUUGAAGAGAGCCAUCUGUUCCCUGACGCUGCCCAUGAUAAACACCUCGUCACCGGACAGUAUCUCCUAUGCUGUGGUCACUUUCUGCACUUCCAACAACACUCUUUUUGAAGUCUCGCUCAACACAAUCAACGAGAUACUGACGCAGCUGAUGAUGAAAGAGCCUGAUGAGAUGAUGACGUUGGCUGGCGUGGCGGUGUUGGUGUUCGAUAAGCUGCAAAGUCAGACCCCACUGUGGGAUACCCUUCUUGCCAUUCCCCAGCUCCUCAAUUCUGGUUCCAUCGACCAAGGGCUGGACAGCGCUGAGGUCCUACUCAGCAACUUACAGGGUUCUCUGCAUGUCAUCGAGAGCAAUUUCCCUGAAGCAGGUGCCUCACUUUCCACGGUGCAUCCACUGCUUGCGGGAGGCAUCAACCUCAUCAACUAUGCUCAAAACUGGCCUGGCAGAGAUGUGUCCAUUCCCCUUGGAGAGAUUGUCACAUUGCAGAAUGACACACUAAGUGAAAUGGUGAAAACUCUCUUACAAAACAUCAAAAUACCUCUGGACAAGGCUAUUGGCCUGGCAUUGGACAGCAGCAUGGCUAGUUCGUACCUGUGUGACAACAGUAGCAACCCGAUGUGGCUAACAGCAGCGUGCCGCACCGGCACCGUGGACAUGCUUCUGGGUUGGAUCAGCCCUGAUAAGUUGGCAAAGCAGGCUCUCCUGGUGUGGAGUAAGCACGUUGCUCCCCACGACGUGUCUUACGCCAAAGGGCUGCUGCACAGUCUGAUGGGAACGCUAUCUCAAGGAGGACAGGGAGUUUCCAGCAACCCAAGGAGCAGUCGUAGCGUAGAGACACAACCACAAAACAUUGAGGAGGAGCUGUUUUUGGGAGUCGGUCAAGUGGUGAUGGAGAUUAUAAAAAGUGUGCCAGAGCUGGAUAUGGUUCUCCAGAGCAUCCUCGGAACAGGCUUCCAGUCCAUGAAUUUUGCGUCACUGUCCCUUGAAAAUGUAGAAGAAAUCAUAGCCAAUGUCAUGAAAGAUGCUGAUAAACUCCAGAUGGCUUAUCUGACGAUCCUACAGGACCAGACCGAGGCAAGCGCUUGGAUUUCUCAAGUCGUGGACAGUGUGAUGAAAGUGAUCAUGAAGAUUCUGUCAUCUGAGUCUUUAAAAUGUGAGGAUGUGUUUGGUCCCUUCGAAUGGCUCUUAAAGUCAGAGAGCAUAAAGACCGAGGUGUGGAGAUCAAUGAUCUGUCAGAACAGCUCCGCCUUACAGGAAGCGCUCCUGGUGGAUUGGCUGCCGCUGGUUCAGAAGGCGCAAGACUUGUACGGUGUCCUCACAGGCCAAACACACUACAACGUGACACUUCCCAUGAUUCUCUCUGAGUGGCACAGGUUGUACAACAACAGUCUGCAGCUCGGUGUGCUUUUCGACAGACUGGCCACAGAGCUGGGUGGAGCGUACUGGAUGAACUGGAUGCCAGACAACAGCACUCCUGAUGUUACGGGAAUUCUUCAACAAAGUGCUUUCUUUAUCAUGGUGAAUGUUGGAGAAAAUAUUGAGAAGAGUCAACUGUGGCCCGAUGUAAAGGACUAUUUUCACAUGCUCUACUGGAUUUCUAACUACAGGCCUGGACUUCCAACUCAACCACCAAACUGUUCAAUGAGCUAUUACGGGGCCCUUCAAUGUGAUACUGGUUUGAAAUGGCCUCAGUUUGUUCAAACACUGACUCGGAAUCUGAUGUCACCAAACCAAGAUGUCCUGGUGAAUUUUCUAAAAGGAACAGUGAAUCUGUUGCAGCAUGUAUACGGGGACACCUAUAAAAAUCUGGCAGGAUCAUUUUUGAAACAAGAAAUCAUAGGUGGAGAUGCACUCUCUGCCUACCUGACAAACCUGCUGGAAAACCUGGAUGUUUUUGUCAACACGAUCUCCAUGCUUCCUGACCGAAACAUUACAAACCCUAAUGUCAUGCUUCCCCUCCUCGGUAACCUGUUGCAGUCCACAGGUCUGAAACCACUGCUGCCUCUGUUCUUGAGUGACGGUCCCCUCAAUGCCUCCGCAGUACUGGAUGUUGCCUCGAAGCUUGGCAGACUCAACCAGCACAUUUUUACAUUCAAUGAGACAGACCCAACGAUGCCUGAACUGGAACGGUUGAUAAUGCAGUUUCUGUCCUUGGAGGGUAACCUCACCAUGUCUCUUCCUCACAUCAUGGGACACACCCUGCUGACCUAUUCAGACUACUUCAACCCUGACGAUGUGGCCCGUCUUAGAAAAGCCAUCCAGCCUUUCACCAACCAGACCUCAGCUGGCUUUGUAGAAGCCAUCCUUAGGGCCAUGGAGCUACUAAAGAAGGUUUUAGAUGCUCCAGACGGUGACCCAACUAACAUCAUUCUUGGGUACAUACGUCAGCUUCAAGACUUUGUGAUGUCUCUGUAUAGACUGAGAAAAAUACAACAUCUCCCGUCAUCUAGUGGGAAUCUAAGCACAGCACAAGUCACUGACCUCCACAUGCUCUCGAAGGACUUCCUCAGCCUUCUUACCCCAGAAGGCCUUAUGAACCUGACUCAGGCUGGACAAGAUGCUGCCCAGGACAUUGUUGCACAGAAAUUCAUAGCAUUCCUCCCAAAAGAGGUCCAACAGGAAGCUGCUCGCUUUCUCAAGGAUUUCAAAGCUCUGCAGUACCACAUAAUCCAAUGUGCAGAAGGACAGAACUGCUUGACUGGAGUCUCAGAAAUCUUCAUGUUCCUGGAUCAGAUAUUGGACCUGAUGCUCUCAGCCGACGGUAAUGUCAAAUUUACAUUAUCUUCAACCAACUCUGUUCUGAAGAGACAGGAGGAUGAGGAAAUUGCAACCCUGUUCUUCUCACUCCUCCUGUCCUCUGAUGAUGCUGCCUAUAUGGAAACAUUCAAACAGUUUCUUCAUUUCAUCCGAUUGAUCAUAGCUACACCAAAUAUUAGUGUGUCUGACGUUCAGAAUGCAUUGCAACAGUCAAACCUUACCCUUGAGGAGCUGAACAACAUCGCUGCCCUAGCUGGAGCUGCCAACAUAAACGACCUGAUGGUGGAUAUAAUGGAGCUUAUCAAGGUCCGACAGUGCUUCGAACCUCAGGAUAAUCCCAUGGUGACAGCCCAGUGUGUAAUGGGCCUGAUAAAUGGUGUCAGCAGUUUCCUGUCAAACGUACCAGUCCUCCGUAAUGAGACAGCCGUCCUCUCACUAAUUCCAUUAAUCGUCAAUAACAGUAUCAUGGAUGUCCUCCAGGUUGACUCCAGCUCCAAUCCUCAAAUGGCUAUUGCACACACCUUGAACAGCAUCCUGGCCAAUAUCAAGAUGAACCUCCAGCAGAACCAGCUGUCAACUCCGGAGAUCAUGAAGGAAAUCAUGGUGGUAGAGGGUCUGAUACAACUGAUCGCCAUCUCAGAACCAUUUGACAAUUUGAACACCACCUUGAUGAUGGAACCUUUGUAUGCUCAGAAGGUGUAUCUCCAGAUCGUGGAAUGGUACUUGAAAAAACUGGAAAACAUCACAAGCACAAGCUCGGUCUCAGGGCUUGUCGAUCCUUUUUUCUCCCUCACACACAUGCAAGUGACAUUACAGCUGGCUCAGGUGGAUUACUCUUUGUUCUUGAUGAACAACCUUCAGAACCCAAUAGAUGCUGCAGGGGUUGGUCAAAUUGGCCAGACAACAGUUGAGCUUCUCCGACAUCUUUUUGAAUUGAUAAUGGUCAACCUAGAGACUCAGAAUAACAUCCCAGGUACCGAGCCAUUUUUUAACACAACCAUUCUGCAUGUCACCAAGCUCCAAGUUCGGCAAUACCUCAGCCUCAUACAAAGGUGGAUGAAACAACCCAAUGUCCCGUUGGUCAUUGAAAGUAUGCUCCAAUGGGCAAGCCCAUCAAUAAAUAUCUCCACCCCUAUGACAAACCUCCAUCAACUGCUGGAGACAAUAGUUAAUUUUGUCAGUGCUGAUCAAAGGGCCUACCUCGCCAUGAUAAGGAAUAUCACACAGUCCCUUAGUAAAGCACUAAUGGUGGCAGAGAAACCUGGUGGCCUACAGAGUGAACAGUUUUCAGCCGCCAUCUUGGAAGUGGUCCGAAGUGCUUUGAAUAUCUUGAGUGCAGCCACAGGCCCCCUGCCGCCGUCUGUACAGCAGAACAUCCUGGAAAUUGUGCAGGACUCACUGAAGCUGAUUGUCCAACCAGAGAUGAGUAUUGCCUCAUCACGUAACAUCUCCCUCCUCAUCCUCAAGAAAGCUGAGAGCCUCAUCAAAGUGAUAAUACCACAACCAUUCGCUGAAUAUGUGCUUGCUGGAGUCGAAUUAGUAACCACAUAUUUUGAGAGCAUCUCCGCAGCGACUGGACCAAACAGCUUGAAUCAGUUGAUUCUGGAUGAGAUGGAAUCAGUACAGAGCCUCCUGCCACCAAACUGCACCGCCCAGCCCUACAUCUCUGUCCUCAUUAACAUCACUCACUUCAUCUUGGAGUCUGGCCAAGGCAACAUGAGUCUCUGGGGAUUUUUUGAAAGUGCAUCAUUAGAAAACAUGCCCAUCAUGUUUGGCCAGAGUGAACAGCUUUCAGCCGCCAUCUUGUUUGCGGUCCGAAGUGCUUUGAAUAUCCUGAGUGCAGCCACAGGCCCCCUGCCGCCGUCUGUACAGCAGAACAUCCUGGAAAUUGUGCAGGACUCACUGAAGCUGAUUGUUCAACCAGAGAUGAGUAUUGCCUCAUCACGUAACAUCUCCCUCCUCAUCCUCAAGAAAGCUGAGAGCCUCAUCAAAGUGAUAAUACCACAACCAUUCGCUGAAUAUGUGCUUGCUGGAGUCGAAUUAGUAACCACAUAUUUUGAGAGCAUCUCCUCAGCCACUGGACCAAACAGCUUGAAUCAGUUGAUUCUGGAUGAGAUGGAAUCAGUACAGAGCCUCCUGCCACCAAACUGCACCGCCCAGCCCUACAUCUCUGUCCUCAUUAACAUCACUCACUUCAUCUUGGAGUCUGGCCAAGGCAACAUGAGUCUCUGGGGAUUUUUUGAGAGUGCAUCAUUAGAAAACAUGCCCAUCAUGUUUGGCCAGAGUGAACAGUUUUCAGCCGCCAUCUUGUUUGCGAUCCGAAGUGCUUUGAAUAUCCUGAGUGCAGCCACAGGCCCCCUGCCGCCGUCUGUACAGCAGAACAUCCUGGAAAUUGUGCAGGACUCACUGAAGCUGAUUGUUCAACCAGAGAUGAGUAUUGCCUCAUCACGUAACAUCUCCCUCCUCAUCCUCAAGAAAGCUGAGAGCCUCAUCAAAGUGAUAAUACCUCAACCAUUCGCUGAAUAUGUGCUUGCUGGAGUCAAAUUAGUAACCACAUAUUUUGAGAGCAUCUCCUCAGCCACUGGACCAAACAGCUUGAAUCAGUUGAUUCUGGAUGAGAUGGAAUCAGUACAGAGCCUCCUGCCACCAAACUGCACCGCCCAGCCCUACAUCUCUGUCCUCAUUAACAUCACUCACUUCAUCUUGGAGUCUGGCCAAGGCAACAUGAGUCUCUGGGGAUUUUUUGAGAGUGCAUCAUUAGAAAACAUGCCCAUCAUGUUUGGCCAGAGUGAACAGUUUUCAGCCGCCAUCUUGUUUGCGAUCCGAAGUGCUUUGAAUAUCCUGAGUGCAGCCACAGGCCCCCUGCCGCCGUCUGUACAGCAGAACAUCCUGGAAAUUGUGCAGGACUCACUGAAGCUGAUUGUUCAACCAGAGAUGAGUAUUGCCUCAUCACGUAACAUCUCCCUCCUCAUCCUCAAGAAAGCUGAGAGCCUCAUCAAAGUGAUAAUACCUCAACCAUUCGCUGAAUAUGUGCUUGCUGGAGUCAAAUUAGUAACCACAUAUUUUGAGAGCAUCUCCUCAGCCACUGGACCAAACAGCUUGAAUCAGUUGAUUCUGGAUGAGAUGGAAUCAGUACAGAGCCUCCUGCCACCAAACUGCACCGCCCAGCCCUACAUCUCUGUCCUCAUUAACAUCACUCACUUCAUCUUGGAGUCUGGCCAAGGCAACAUGAGUCUCUGGGGAUUUUUUGAGAGUGCAUCAUUAGAAAACAUGCCCAUCAUGUUUGGCCAGAGUGAACAGUUUUCAGCCGCCAUCUUGUUUGCGGUCCGAAGUGCUUUGAAUAUCCUGAGUGCAGCCACAGGCCCCCUGCCGCCGUCUGUACAGCAGAACAUCCUGGAAAUUGUGCAGGACUCACUGAAGCUGAUUGUUCAACCAGAGAUGAGUAUUGCCUCAUCACGUAACAUCUCCCUCCUCAUCCUCAAGAAAGCUGAGAGCCUCAUCAAAGUGAUAAUACCACAACCAUUCGCUGAAUAUGUGCUUGCUGGAGUCAAAUUAGUAACCACAUAUUUUGAGAGCAUCUCCGCAGCCACUGGACCAAACAGCUUGAAUCAGUUGAUUCUGGAUGAGAUGGAAUCAGUACAGAGCCUCCUGCCACCAAACUGUACCGCCCAGCCCUACAUCUCUGUCCUCAUUAACAUCACUCACUUCAUCUUGGAGUCUGGCCAAGGCAACAUGAGUCUCUGGGGAUUUUUUGAGAGUGCAUCAUUAGAAAACAUGCCCAUCAUGUUUGGCCAGAGUGAACAGUUUUCAGCCGCCAUCUUGUUUGCGGUCCGAAGUGCUUUGAAUAUCCUGAGUGCAGCCACAGGCCCCCUGCCGCCGUCUGUACAGCAGAACAUCCUGGAAAUUGUGCAGGACUCACUGAAGCUGAUUGUUCAACCAGAGAUGAGUAUUGCCUCAUCACGUAACAUCUCCCUCCUCAUCCUCAAGAAAGCUGAGAGCCUCAUCAAAGUGAUAAUACCACAACCAUUCGCUGAAUAUGUGCUUGCUGGAGUCAAAUUAGUAACCACAUAUUUUGAGAGCAUCUCCGCAGCCACUGGACCAAACAGCUUGAAUCAGUUGAUUCUGGAUGAGAUGGAAGCAGUACAGAGCCUCCUGCCACCAAACAGCCCUGCCCAGCCCUACAUCUCUGUCCUCAUUAACAUCACUCACUUCAUCUUGGAGUCUGGCCAAGGCAACAUGAGUCUCUGGGCAAGUUUUGAGAGUGCAUCAGAAGAAAAUGUGUCCAUCAUUUUUGGUCAGCUGGGAAAACUCUUGAGCACGCUUUGGCCUGGUAUCAUGGGAGGCCAAGGGUUACAUACAACUGCUCCAUCUCUGGAGGGCUUUGUUCAUCUUGCACCAGUCCUACAAGAGGUGAUGACUGGAAAAGCAGACAAGGAAACAUGGGACAAACUUGAAAAGCUACUAGAGUCCCUUCUGUCAACCCUCAAAGGAACAGAGCUGUGGGACGGCACCCCAUCUGUUAUCCCACAGUUUGAGAAAAUCAUAAGAAGCUUGGUGAACACUGUGCAAGCACAGAACGUGAUGAUACAAAGCCUUCAGAUGCCUGUGGUGACCCUGAUGAGAGAAAUUGCACAGUCUGUGAACUCCACCCAUUUUAACUUGUCUGAGAUCUCCCAAAGAAUGCAGCCUGCCAUUGAACACACGCUGGAGCUAGCUGAGCAGGCUAAUGGCACGUUGAAGUGCAGUGAAGUUCUCAUAGCAUGGGAGCCCGUAAGAGAGGCGGCAGGGCUGAGCCCCUCCAUCAUGUCUAUGUGGUGUAACAUCCACCUGCAGCCUGUUCUGGAGGCCUAUGCUGAGGCCCAGACUGUCUACGCCCUCAUGAACAUGAGUCACAUGGGUGUGGGACCAAUGACUGUGAGCGCCACAGCUGCCAGGAUCGUCAAGAGUGUACAGUCCCUCUACCAUGCCAACAUGAACAGCACAAUUGUGUCACAGCAGCUCAUCAUGGUGAUCGUCAACCAGCUCUCUGGGCUUACAGGCCAGUCUCUGAGCCCUGAGGCAGAGCUUUACUGGUACAAGCAGCUCCAAGAUGUGCAGCUGCUAAACAGUUUGAGUUCUUUCAAAAUGCUCUCAGACGAGCUGGUAAACGCGGCCCCAUUCAUCCAGCCUUACACUGAUGCAUUAGAGGGAGCACUGAACCACAUCCUGGGCAACUACGAUCUUUUUGAAGACAGCAGCUCAUCCGAAGACAUCUUCAGAGAAGCAGCAAUGAUCUUCCUAUCGUCUGCAAACAUAACAUUGGACAAUUCCAUGAUGUCAGGCAAUUUCUCUGGACUCAAUGUAGAAUCUCUAACCAACAUGAUAAAGGAAGCUGUCCAACAGAUCAUUGACCUGCAGAUAUUUGGGAAUGAGCCUAUGCUUUACCAAGCCUUGGAGCAGUUUCUGGCAUCCAACGAAUCAAGCAUGAUUGUGCAGAAGGUGUUCGACAUGGUUGCAUGGUUGGCCUCCACUAAAUCAUCUGGAUUUGACCUGCUGACUCAGGUUCUGCCUAAAAUCUACGACAUAGUCAGGCCUCUCCUGUCUGUUCUGACCCAGUUGGGUUUGGACAUGUCAGAAAACAUGGAGCUGUUUGAAGACCUAGCUGGAAACAUCAUAGCAAUGCUGAGGCAGUUGGUAAGCACCAGCGGUCUUCUGUCCCCCAAGGACCACCGAUCAAGUAUGUAUGGAAUGAGCGGUGGUAACCAUACAUCGAGGGUCCGAAACCGACGCGAGGCCCCAUCGAUGAUGGCAAGGGAUCCCAUGGAUGACUUCAUAGACCUGUUCUACAUCGACUACCCUACCAUGUUCAAAGCCAUCUCUGUUCCUGUUUCUACAAAUGAAAUCCUGGAGACUGUCCACGUGUUCUUUGCCAAUCCUGAUAUGAACGUUGUGGUGAAGGGAGUUACAAGCGACAUGUCGUGGGGCUUGAACGCCUCUCGGGAAGACACCAUUGAUGCUGCCCUUGGCCUGCUCUCCUUCGUCACUCUGCCUAGCACGUUUCAGAUGUCAUCAAUGGAUCUUCUGUCAAAUGCUGCUGCAAUGCUUCCUGAUGGCUUUCCAUUCUCCGCGAUGCUUAAACAUAUCACCAGAGUGCUUGCUGGUGAAUCUCAAGAGAACCUCAUGCUCAUGCAAGAGACCAUCCAAACAGCCAUCGAGCUCUUCCAGAUCAGCCUGACGGACCCACGAUUCACAGAGCAACUCAGCCACCUGGGAUCCAAGGUGUGUGCGGUGGAGCAAACAGAGUCUGUGCGUCUGCUGAUGCUGUCCCUCUCCAUUGAGCCUGGCCAGCUGUGUAACACUAUUCUACCGAGCCUGCAGAUGUUGGUUGAGAGUCUGAUGAUGAACACAUCCUAUCUGAGCGAUGCCAUCUUCCAGACCGCCAUCGGAGAACCAAAAGCCUACAACCUCAAUUCAAACUGGUCCUCUCUGUUGAGUCAAGGCUUAGGCUUUAACACCAGCAACCUGAGCUCUUUAGACAUUAACAUCACUGCGCCAGGAGUGGUGACAGUCGGUGAGUUGCUGAGGAAUAAAACAGCCUUCCUCGUUGAUGUUCAGAAACACAUGGAUUUCGAUCCAGAUGCUCUCCACCUGUUGAUGGAAACAAUAUUACCAAACAACAAUUUAGAGAUCCUGUCCUGGUUGGUCAACCUGCGUCACUGCGGCUCCACAGAAGCGUUGGAAAUGAAAGAGACAGAUUUGGAGAUGUUGAAGACCUUCUGCUCCUUGUCUGUUGAGCAGUGGUACAGCUUCUCAAUGCUGAUGGCUCGCCACCUCAACAUGGAGAAACUCAUCUACAGAAUGGUGUUGACUGAAGAAAUGCAAGGCCUGGUGGGAGUUAUGCUCCAGAUGGCUGAGGUUAUAACCAGCAUGAUGAAAACAUUCAUUCCUACCAUCGGUCAUCUUCAAACCUUCAUGGUCUCCGUCCAAGACCUCAACCUGGGAGCCAACCAUGAAUUUGACCAAAUGGCUAGAGGACACAGGUCAAGCAUUUCCAGCAAAGCUACGUUUGUCACCCUCUCUCGAGCGUUGUGCAGUAAAGGUAUCCUGGCUCUGUUCGGAGUCUCUAAACUCACCACCAUCAUGGAAUUAAACUCCUCCCAAUCCGACCAGGUCAAGAGGGGGGAGAUGAUCAAGAGGUUCAAGAUCCCACAGGAUGCCUCUCCCUUCUGUAUGAACAUGUACCUGGAUAUGGUCAACACCACGGGCGGAGCCAUCGCCUGGGCCUUCCUCAAACCAAUGCUGAUGGGUCACAUUUUGUAUACCCCUGACACACCUGCCACCAGGGCCAUAAUGGAGAAGGCCAAUUCCACAUUGAAUGAGUUUGCAAAUCUAAGGAAGUACUCCGAGGACUGGAUCGAAUCCUCCAACUACCUCGUGAAGUCUGCCGUGUUACUCAGCCAAACUUUGCCAAUGCUACAGAAUUCCCUCGGCAAUUCCUUUGUUCAGAGAUUCAUUGAGAUGCAGACAGACAUCAAUGUCGACACAAUGAAGGAGACGCUCAGCAACUUCUCUAACAUUACCGCCAUGCUGGAGAAAAACAAACACAUAAUGGAUCAGGUCACCACCUUGUCCACCCUGAUGGUGAACCUCUCCUCCUGCAUCACAUUUGACCGUUACCGUGGCUACGACACUGCUGAUGAGCUCAACGCUGCAGCUCAGCACCUCGCCAAAAACCGUGAUCUCUACGCGAGUGUCAUCUUCAAGCUUCCCAAAGACACGGACGCAUCCAGGAAGCGUAAUGCCAGGGCUUCCUCUUCCACAUCCACCCUGCCUCCUAAAGUCAGCUACACCAUCCGAAUGCACAUGGACAACUUGAUGCGUACAGACAGAGUCCGUGACCCCUAUUUUAUGAAGGACCACCACAUCUCGGCCCAGAGGACGCUGCGCUACAACCGGGGCUUUGUGUACCUGCAGGAGAACAUCGAUCGGGCGAUCAUAGAGACCCAAACUGGACAUAGAAUUGAGGAGACAGCCGUCCAACUGCAGCCCUUCCCCUACCCCUGCCACUACAGGGAUGAGUACCUGGAGGCCAUCGCUUUUGUCUUCCCUCUCAUGUUGAUGAUAGCCUGGGUGCUGUUUGUGGCUGAUUUUGUGAAGAAACUGGUGCAUGAGAGAGAGCUCAGACUGCAUGAGUACAUGAAAAUGAUGGGAGUCAAUCCGCUCAGCCAUUUCUUCGCUUGGUUCCUGGAGUGCGCCUCCUACUUGGUGCUGACCGUCUCCAUCCUCACCCUGGUGCUGAAGUACGGCGACAUUCUGCCCCACAGCAACGGCUUCAUCCUCUUCUUGUACCUCUGCAACUACAGUUUGAGCAUCCUGUCCUUCAGUUACCUGGUCAGCUCCUUCUUCGACAAGACUUACAUCGCUGGCCUCAGCGGCAGCCUUCUGUACAUCCUCUGCUUCUUCCCCUUCAUUGUGGUCUUGGCCGUAGAGACAGAUCUCACCUUUUCCCAGAAGAGCGCCCUGAGUUUGUUCUCCCCAACCUGCUUUAGUUAUGCCAGCCAAUAUAUCUCUCGAUUCGAGUCCCAAGGAGAAGGCCUCCAAUGGAGUAACUCAUACACCUCGCCCAUACCUGGAGACACGUCUUCGUUCGGUUGGCUGUGCUGGCUGAUGCUCAUCGACUCCAUCCUCUACUUCAUCAUCGGGGGCUACAUCCGAAUGGUCUUCCCAGGCAACUAUGGCAUCGCUUCCCCAUGGUACUUCCCAUUCAAAGCAUCCUUCUGGGCCGACCUGUGCUGUUGCUGUAGAUCAAACAGUAAGGUGGGCCGAGGACUCCUCUUCACCAACAUCAUGCAGAAAAACCAGCCUGUCUUCUCCGAUGACAAGGGAAAAGGCCAGAGCAGUCUUUCCUCUCAGACCGGGGAGGAUUUCUCAGAGCUCCCAGUAGGCGUUGCCCUCCAUGGUCUCAGCAAGAUGUAUGGCGACCGAGUAGCUAUCCAAAACCUUAAUGUGUCCUUCUACGAGGGCCAUGUCACCUCACUACUUGGUCACAAUGGAGCCGGCAAGACUACCACCAUGUCUCUCCUGACUGGCCUUUUCGCCCCAACUUCUGGCACCAUCGAGGUGUAUGGCAGAGACAUGCAGACCAACAUCGAUGACAUUCGCAGAGAGCUAGGAGUGUGCAUGCAAUAUGACGUCCUGUUUGACCACAUGACCACCAAGGAGCACCUGCUGCUGUAUGGCCAGAUCAAGGCGCCACACUGGUCACAAGAGGAACUGCGUGAACAAGUCCGCUCGACCCUAGAGGAGACAGGCAUGUACGCUCACAGACACAAGCUGGUGAGCACAUUGUCAGGAGGCAUGAAGCGCAAGCUGUCAAUCUCCAUCGCCUUCAUAGGGGGCUCUCGCUUGGUGGUUCUGGAUGAACCCACCGCAGGAGUCGAUCCCUGCUCCAGGCGCAACAUCUGGGACAUUGUUAUCCAGCACAAGAAACAGCGCACUGUCAUCAUGUCCACUCACCACCUGGAUGAGGCUGAAGUACUCAGCGACCGCAUCGCCUUCCUGGAGAGAGGCGGAUUAAAAUGCUGCGGAUCCCCCCUCCACCUGAAAGACAAACUGGGUCAGGGCUACAAACUCACCCUCACCAAGAAGGUUCAGAACCCAGAGUCUGAGCCGAUUGACAAUGCUGACCUGAAGGUCUUCAUCCAAGCUCAUGUACCAGAAGCCAGACUGAAGGAGGCCCAGGGGGGCGACCUGGUCUACUCACUGCCCCCCUUUAACUCAUCCAACGCUUCCUCCUACCGCUCCCUCCUGACGGCGCUGGACGCCAACCUGGAUGCCCUGCAGCUGGGAGGCUAUGGCAUCUCUGACACCACCUUAGAGGAGGUGUUCCUCCAGUUGACUCACGGAAACUCAGAAGAUGGUUCUGAGGACGGCCCGCUGUCUAUCUCAGAGACGGUUUCUGACACUGAUUCCAUCGACAGCUUCCCCUCAGACUCGAGUGGAAACAUCGACAACUUUGGUGACAAGAUCAAGCUUACCGGAUCAUCCACGAUGAGCGGCAUGGCCCUGGCCUGGCAGCAGAUGACAGCCAUACUGGUGAAGAGGUUCCACCACAGCCGUAGGGACUGGAAGGGCCUGAUCGCCCAGAUCCUGCUCCCUGUGCUCUUCAUGGUGUUUGCUAUGGGCCUGGGCUCCAUCAGGAGCGACCUGCGGCACUAUCCUGAGCUGGAACUCAGCCCUGCGCUUUACAACUUAGGACCGAGCUACUCUUUCUUCAGUAACCAGAACCCCAACACCUCUCAGCUGACGGACACCAUGUUGUCAUACCCCGGGAUCGAUAACGCCUGCCUCGACAAGUCUAAUAACCCGGUCUGCACAAGAAGCGCGAGCAGCUGGAGUUCCAGAGGGAACGGCUCCAAAGCAUUUAGUGUCUGUAAAUGCAGCCGUCAGGAACAGGUUUGCGACCUUGACAACUUCCAGCCCCCCCAUAAAAAGAUCCCCUCGUCUCAGAUUGUGUAUAACCUCAGUGGCAUCAACGUGGAGAAAUACCUGGUGGCAACAGCAAAUGAUUUCAUCAGAAACAGGUAUGGUGGCUUUUCUUUUGGCGAGUCACUCCCUCAAGACUUAAAAAUGGAUUUAACAACAGUGCCCAAAAACCGUACACUGUCUAAGGUCUGGUACAACCCAGAGGGCCACCACACAAUGCCGGCAUACUUAAACAGCCUCAACAACAUCAUCCUACGCUCCAAUCUUCCAGCAGACAAGGAUCAACGAGAAUAUGCCAUUUCAGUUUCCAGUCACCCCUAUUUCGGCCGAGCGGAUGAUGAAGAUUCAAUUAUCCAGGGAAUGCUCCAGAUCAUGGUGGCUAUGUGUGUGCUGACGGGCUAUUCAAUCACCACAGCCAGCUUCGCCAUCUACGAGGUCAGCGAGCACCACAGCGGCUCCAAGAGGCUCCAGCACAUCUCUGGCAUCAGUGAGCCCAUGUACUGGACUGUGAACUUCUUUUAUGACAUGGUCAUGUAUUUGAUCCCUGUGACCUUGACUGUUGCUGUCAUCGCAGCCUUCCAGAUUCCAGCGUUCACAGAGCAGUACAAUCUGGGUGCUGUCACCCUGCUUCUGGUUCUCUUUGGGUUUGCCACCUUCCCCUGGAUGUAUCUGUUAUCAGGCAUCUUCAAGGAUGCAGAGAUGGCCUUCAUCGCCUAUGUGUGCAUCAACCUCUUCAUCAGUAUCAACACCAUCAUGUCCACCUCCAUCCUGUACUUCCUGAGUCAAAUUUCAUCCAGAAACUCUGAGGUCAUCCAGGAGAUCUUCAGGAGGCUGAGUGAGGCCUUCCUGAUCUUCCCCCAGUUCAACUUUGGGAACGGGCUGAUGAAGCUGGCCAGGAUGAACAUCGAGGUCCAGCUGCUCAGUGGCUACGACAUCGACGCCUAUAAGAACCCGUUGUCCAUGGACGGCCUGGGCUGGAUGUUCUUCUCCUCCUUCAUCGAGGGCGUGGUCUUCUUUGCCCUGCGCCUCCUGCUCAACAGGCUCCUUAUACGCAAAGUCAGGAAUCUGAUUUUCGGCAGAAAGACGGUGCUUCAGGCGCCUCAGGCGCCUCAGGUGUCUUGCGAGACCAAGGAUGAGGAUGUGGUGGCGGAGCACCAACGGGUGUCCAGUGGAGCAGCCAGCACCGACGUGCUGCAGGUCAACCAGCUGACUAAGGUCUACCAACAGUUCAAUAAGAAGGUCCCUGCUGUCAACAAGAUCUCUGUGGGCAUCCCUGCAGGAGAGUGUUUUGGCCUUCUGGGAGUAAACGGAGCUGGAAAAACUACCACCUUCAAGAUGCUGACAGGAGAUGUGAGACCCACGGACGGCACCGCACAGAUCAGGGACCGGGAUGGGCGCUUGGUAGACAUCAUGGAGUGCCGAAACGAGGGAAUUAACAUCGGCUACUGUCCCCAGGUGGAUGCAUUGGACGAUCUGCUCACAGGAAAAGAGCACUUGUACUUCUACGCUCGCAUUCGAGGCAUCUCAAACAAGGAGAUAGACGGGGUGGUGAACUACCUGCUGAAGAGGCUGGAGCUGAGCUACCAUAAAGACAUCAUUACUGACGGUUACAGUUGCGGCACCCGCAGAAAGCUCUCCACUGCGCUGGCUCUCAUCGGACAUCCUAAAAUCCUUCUCCUGGAUGAACCGAGCUCCGGCAUGGACCCUCGCACAAAGCGUCACCUGUGGAAAAUCAUCUCUGAGGAAGUGAAAGGAAAAUGUGCCGUGGUCCUCACCUCUCACAGCAUGGAGGAGUGUGAGGCUCUGUGCAGCCGUCUUGCCAUCAUGGUGAAAGGUCAGUUCUGCUGCCUGGGCUCCCUGCAGCACAUUAAGAACAGGUUUGGCAGCGGGUUCACUGUGAAGAUGUACUUGGCAGAGGCCUCCUGUGACGCUGAGGCAAUCACUGUCUUCAUGCGAAGUCGAUUCCCCAGCACUUAUCUCAAGGACCAGCACUCCACUAUGGUGGAGUACCACGUACCAACUGCUCCAGGAGGGGUGGCUGACAUCUUCGACCAGCUGGAGUCCAACAAGAAUGCUCUGCAGAUCAAACACUUCUCUGUGAGCCAGACCACACUGGAUGAGGUCUUCAUCAACUUCGCCCUGGGAGACAUCGCCAUGGAAUCCAUUUCACUGAACAGUGAAGACGGAUCUGAUGACCUGGACUCCAUCAAGGCAGUAGACAUUUAGAAAUGACUGCCAUCUUUUCCUGCUUUUUGUCUGCGUCUACUGUGAAAUGAAAUACCAUUUGUUUAAGUAAAUCUUCUCUUAAUAUAUAUGGUGAAAAAAAUAGUUAAUGUUUUAAAAAUACAGAUUAUUUGUUGAAAGUGUCAUGACUGAUCACAUACAGGGUAACAUACAUGUUUAUACUUAGUAAAAUAAAAUGCUAAUGUUAAACAAAAUGACAAAUUCACAUUUGCAUACAAGCACAAAUAUAAAAUGUUGAUUAAUGAAGUUUCUUGUCUAAAUGGUUCGCACCGGUUUACCUUUAUUCUUUGGAUCUCAUUAUUUAUGAAGGAUAACAUUAUAUGUGUAGGCUAUUAUUUUAUCUUUGUGGUUUGGGCAUUGUUUAGAAAAUGAAAAACACUGUAUUUACUAUUAAGAAUCAUUUUCAUUUGAAUGUCAUUUUGGAAAAACUGAAUUUUACAUAAUCUUAAAGCAAUCACACAAUAAAUAUACAUAUUGUGUAAAAA